AGAAUAUGAAUGAAUUGUAUUUAUGCAGUUGACGCGUAAAGUGCUUAUUUUCACAAGUCAGAGUAAUAAUAUUUUGUUACUUUUCGCUUAUUUAUUAUAGUAAAAUAGAAGAUGGCUAACACAGAGAAUCUUAAUUCUAUUGACACUGGUCGAGUAAUAAAAAUGGAAGUUGAUUACAGUACGACCUGUGAUCAGAGAAUACCAGAAUGUGAAGCUUUAGCAGCAUCAGGGAAGAUUCACGAAAGUUUAGAGAAUUUACUUGCUUUAGAAAAACAGACAAGAACUGGAGCUGAUAUGGUAUCAACAGGAAGAGUUUUAGUUGCAGUUGUUCAAAUAUGUUUCAAAGCAAAGAAAUGGGAUCUUUUAAAUGAGCAUGCCACUUUGUUAGCCAAGAGAAGAUCUCAGCUAAAGCAAGCGGUGGUAAAAAUGGUGCAGGAAUGUUGCACAAUGGUAGAUCAAAUGCCUACUCAAGAGUUAAAAGUAGAGUUUAUUAAAACUUUGCGCAAUGUUACGGAGGGCAAAAUUUAUGUAGAAGUUGAAAGAGCUCGUUUAACACAAAAACUGGCAGAUAUAUUAGAGAAGGAAGGAAAACUUAAAGAGGCUAGUGCCUUGAUGGAAGAACUGCAGGUUGAAACUUAUGGUUCAAUGGAUAAACGGGAAAAAGUUGAACUGAUGUUAGAACAAAUGCGUCUCUGUUUUGCCAGAAAAGAUUUAAUACGUGCAAGAAUUAUAUCUAAGAAGAUAAAUGUGAAAUACUUCGAAGACAAUACAACACAAGAAUUGAAAUUACGGUAUUAUUCAAUACUCAUUGAUGUUGACCAGUAUGAAUUUAAUCAUCCUGCUACUGUUCAUCACUAUUUGGCAAUCUUGCAUACACCUAUAACUCAAGAGAACCCAGAAAAGUUGCAUGAAACAUUAAGAAAUGUCGUAAUUUACCUUGUGCUAUCCCCUUAUGAUAAUGAGCAAUCAGACCUGCGUCAUAGGGUUAUGUUAGAUAAAUCGCUCGAAGAAGUUCCACUGUAUAAAGAAUUAUUACGUCUAUUUAUAAAUCCCGAAUUAAUUAAAUGGACCGGUCUUUGUGAUUUAUAUGAAAAAGAACUGCGGAAAGGCCAUGUAUUUGGACAUACCACAGAAGGGGACAGACGGUGGGCUGAUUUAAAGACUCGUGUGGUCGAACAUAAUAUUCGAAUUAUGGCUUCUUAUUAUACAAGAAUAUCACUUCAACGAAUGGGUCAACUUUUGAAUUUAAAUCUAGCUGAGACAGAAGAAAUUUUAUCACAAUUGGUAAUUUCUGGUACUGUAAGAGCUAAAACAGAUCGCCCUACAGGAGUUGUACACUUCUCUCAUUCUCAGGAUAUAUCUGAUAGGUUGAACGAAUGGGCAGGUCGCCUCACCUCACUGAUGCAAUUGGUUAAUAAAACCACACAUCUAAUUAAUAAAGAGGAGUGUGUUCAUAAGCAUUUGCUUGCUACAGGCCCACAUAAUAUGGAUUGAAAAUAAAUGAAGUAUAAUUUUAUAAUUAUAUCUGCCAAUUUAAAAUGGAUUGUCCAAUUAUAAUGAAUGAGUUU